GUCCAGUUUAACGAACGUCUCCUACUAGCAACCCACAAGUAAAUGCGCUGCACUUGGACUCUCGAAAACGUGGGAGUAGAUCCGGGAUACCCUUACAUACUCGACUACUCUUCUGGCGGCAACUCCGACCCCUAAACGUAAGAGAGUCAGGUUGAUGUAACCGGAGUACCACACGACCCAACAGCCCUGCCAACAACGCCCAAUAAUUGUCCAUCCUCAUCUACGCCACCGAAGCUGACUUUCAGCCGCCAAUGUCUCCCAAGGACCUGCCCGAUGCGGCCAAACCAUUUCACACGAAGCGUCCUCACAGAAAGACCCGAUCUGGAUGCGUCAAUUGCAAGAGACGAAAGGUGAAAUGUGACGAAGCACGUCCAGCUUGUCAAUCGUGCCAACUUCGACAUACGGAAUGCGUUUACACUCAACCACCCUCGAAAACCGUACGGUCAACUACAGAAAAUCAAUUAAUACAACAUGGCACUGCGGUGCUUCCGUACAUGGACCCUACGGCAGGCUUCUCAUCCCGCUACCAAGCACCGAUACCACUCGUCCGCGAACCGCUCUACCGACCCAACGAUCUAGAUAUGACUGGCAUGAAGAUCCUCUCAUUCUAUUUCAACGACACAAGUACAUCUUUUAACAUAUUUUAUGGCUCGGACGCCGAUAGAGAGGGCAUUCUACGAGGUCCCGUGGUUCAACAAGCAUUUGAUGCCCCAUUUCUAAUGGAUAUGAUAUUUGCACUAUCAAUAAACCACAUGGAAGUCCUCGGCCGAGUCGAUAGCACAACAGCAUAUCUGUACCGAGCAAAAGCUACAUCGAGCUUUCGAGAAGCUGUACACAAUAAGCAAAAACACACAUAUGCCGCCUUAGCUCUCGGCUCGCUGCUCAUGGUGCCAGUUUCUUCAAGUCAAUUUCGAGACCAUACCUCAGAUGAUUUACAUAUUAUCCAAUGGCUUCAGCUUAUGAAGGGCGUGAAACAUAUCAUGACACUAGUAACGCGAGCCACUGUCAUGAAUAAUGGUAUUGGAAUGCUAUUCGAACGUCCCCAGUUGGAUCUGGAUACUGGAGUUGGAUACAUACCAAGUGACCUUGCGGCAGUUUUUGCGGGAAUACAACCAGGCGACCCGGAUUACCAAGAUCAAGCGACAUAUAGAGAGACGCUGGCAUGUAUGGGAACAUUAUAUCAUCACAUUAGCACAGGAUACAGCUCUCUGAUGAUGCUUCGGAUCAUGACAUGGUUUACAUUUGUCCCCGAUAGGUUCACUGAGUUGGUCCAAAGUAAACGACCACGGGCGCUUAUUAUCAUCGCAUUUUAUGGCAUGUUUCUAAAACUGAGCCCCAAUGUAUGGUGGAUGGAUGGAGUUGGUGAUCGAACCGUGGCCGAUGUUGUGAGACGGCUGGUACCGGGCCCCUUUGACAAGGUGAUGGUAAUACCAGCAUCAACAAUCGGAGUCCAUGGCCGAAGCGAUAUUUUACAUAUUAUUAACAGUGUUAACCCAGCACUGGACAUGUGUCGUGCAGUAAUCGAAGGAAUUUAGAAAUGGGUUUCGCCACCUAGCCGGUGUGGCAGUAUAUAGACAGUAAAUAAUAGUUCAACAAAGCACGUAUGAUGAAGGGACAGUUUGUGAAAUACAAGAGGAAAUUUGUUU